AUGGAGUUCGAAUCUAGUGAAUGGUUGAUUUUUGGAACCUUGCAUCUCAUACACGUUUGUUGCUUCGAAUUUCGCAAAAGGAGUAGGUCGCUGAUAAUCUUUUGGUUUCUUUUGCCUAUCAUGCCAGUUGCUGUUAAGGAUCAACAGGAUACGUACAAUCACAGAACAUACUUUCCCAGUGAGGAACAUGCUGGAAAAUCAACUCUCAAAGCUGAUAAGCAAGUUACCCCACCCAAACCCACAUGCCUUAAAGAGGAAAAAUCAUUAAUUUGUACCAAAAAUUCACAAACUAUUGAAAGUCUUCUUCCUGAUGAAGAAGAUCUCUUCUCCGGGGUUCUUGAUGAAUUGGGUUGUACUACUGCUACUAUGAAUGGUGAUGAUGAAGAUUUUGAUCUGUUCAGCAGUAGUGGAGGCAUGGAAUUGGAAGAAAAUUCUAAAUUAUAUUUCACUCAACAGAAUCCUGCAAUUACUAAAGGACUUAAUAACACUGAUCAAAUUCAAAUCAGUACUUCAGACUUUUCAAUUCCCUGUGAACACCCUACUUUCCAUCAUCAAUCACUACCCAUCAGCCAUGAAAGUUUCUAUAAUAUGUUGAAUCCAUACAUCCCACAAAUGGAACACAUGUUUAGGGGUUCACCUUAUAACACCUUCCAAAAUCAUCAUCAUCAUCUAACCCCUGUAAUCUGGUCACAUUCUCCUCCAUAUGUUCAUAAUCAAAACAUCUGUGCUCAUAGCUUCCCCAAUCUUCAUGGGUUAUCAGAAAUGCUGCCACCUGUCUUCUCAUUUUCACCUAUACACAAACAACAAGCAAUCGGAAUCGGAAUUGGAAUCGGAAUGGAGGAGUCUUGUAAACCAGAUGUUGUUAUUCCAGUAGCAUCUCCUAAUUCCAUGAUGUCAUCAUCUCCACAUAUUAAUAAAACCCAUAAAUCUCCCAAAAGGGAAACAGAAACUACAUUGCCAUUAUCUUUUAUAAGGCCAAGGGGAAGAACAAGAAGAACCUCACAUGGUAGACAUGAAACUGUUUCCUGUCACACUCACACAGAUGACAAAAAAUAUGAACUUGAUAUUCAACGUGUCUUGCGUGGUGAAGACUCUAGAACAACAUUGAUGAUCAAAAAUAUUCCAAAUAAGUAUAGUUCAGCAAUGCUGUUGGCUGCAAUUGAUGAACAUAAUCAAGGAACUUAUGAUUUCAUUUAUCUGCCUCUUGACUUCAAGAAUAGGUGCAAUAUGGGGUAUGCAUUUAUAAACAUGAUCGAUCCACUUCAGAUAGUGCAGUUUCACAAGUCAUUUCAUGGGAAAAAAUGGGAGAAAUUCCACAGUGGAAAAGUGGCAUGUCUUGCAUAUGGUCGAAUUCAAGGAAAAGCUGCUUUAAUUGCACACUUUCAGGAAUCAAGCUUGAUGAAUGAAGAUAAAUGUUGUCAUCCUAUUCUCUUUACCACAAAUGGCCCAAAUGCUGGCAAUCAGGAGCCAUUUCCCUUGGGUCCAAACAUGAAUUCUAGGCGACACAAGAACAGGUGUAAUGUGCGCCAAAUGAAUGAAAACCUAGAAAUUUCAUCGACUUCGUAUGGAAGAAUCUUAAAGCACUUUUUUUGUGACAAUAAAGAUGCAAAGGCAAUUCAAUUGUACAACGAGCUACACAACAUCUCCAUCAGUGAUUCCUCCAAUACUGACUAUUGUACCAAAAUCAAGUCGAUUGUUGACCUUCUUGAUAAUACUGAUGACAUGAUCCCUGAGAAAAAGUUAGUCUCCUACACCAUCAAAGGGCCCUCCCCUAAAUUUGACUAUAUAGCUAGUAUCAUCUGUCGUCGCUCACCACAACCAUAA